AUUUCUCUCUCUAUCUUUUCUUCAUAGUCUACACGUGUGUAUCUCUGUGUCCCACCAUUCCCUGCCACGUGUCUCUCUCACUUUUGGCAUCUCCUUCUCCACCACCCCUUCCUCUGUUCUCACCAUCACACACACACACGUUCCUUCCCAUCUCUUCUCGUAAUUCUCCCAACGCUGUCUAUCUUUGAACCCUUCUUCAUCAUCAAUCCCAAACACACGUUCUCUUCAUGCAACACCACAACACACACACGCACUCCCUUCAUCCAAAUCAAAAACACAAAAAAAGAAAAAUCCAAACUCACUUCUUCUCAUAACAAUAUCUCAGGAAAAAAAAAACACAACAAAAUUCCCCUUUGAAGUUUGAACCAUAACAUAACAAAACAAAGUUCCCUUGUUUUUCACUUUUCAUGCUUCCUUAAUAUCCACGAAACCAUGAUGGACUUGAGCACUGUGUGAUAUUGUGGUUUCAAAAACAUUGCAUUGUUCACAACAUAUACAUAUAUAUAUAUACCCCCACCUUUUUAUUUUCUUUCUUUCUUUUGUAGUUUUCCUUUUAAGUUGUGAAGAAGAAUCUGAUAGUAAAUUAUAUCUAUGAAAAUUUGAUCUUUGAUCGAGUCGAAUUGCAUCAUAUGAUGCAUAUAUCUGACCUCAUCUAGUGAGUUAAGAAUUUUGUAGUGUUUGUUGAGAGAAUCUGUGAGAAAGUGGUGAUGGCUGGGAAUGAAUGGAUUAAUGGGUACUUGGAGGCUAUACUUUCAACUGGGGCCUCAAACAUUGAAGAGCAAAAGCCAGCACCUGUGACUCUAAGAGAUGGGGGGCAUUUCAAUCCCACAAAGUACUUUGUGGAAGAGGUGGUGACAAGUGUUGAUGAGUCUGAUUUGUACCGCACGUGGAUCAAGGUGGUUGCCACCAGGAACACCAGGGAGAGAAGUUCAAGGUUGGAGAACAUGUGCUGGCGCAUUUGGCACCUUGCCCGCAAGAAGAAACAGUUCGAAUGGGAGGAAGUCCAGAGGGCAGCACACCGAAGAUGGGAGAGAGAACAAGGACACAGAGAAGCAACAGAGGAAAUGUCUGAAGACUUGUCAGAAGGAGAGAAAGGUGAUAGUGUUGGGGAGAUUGCGCAAAGUGAGACCCCAAAGAAAAAAUUUCAGCGUCAGAUUUCUAACUUAGAAGUAUGGUCUGAUGACAAGAAGGAAAAGAGGCUAUAUGUUGUCCUCAUAAGUUUGCAUGGAUUAGUUCGAGGAGAAAACAUGGAGCUUGGUCGAGAUUCUGAUACUGGUGGACAGAUUAAAUAUGUGGUAGAACUUGCCCGUGCGCUUGCGAAAAUGCCUGGAGUAUAUAGAGUGGAUCUGUUUACGCGCCAAAUCUCAUCACCUGAAAUUGAUUGGAGCUAUGGAGAGCCUACAGAAAUGUUGACAGCAGGUGCAGAUGAUGAUGAUGAUAACAUUGGGGAGAGCAGUGGGGCAUAUAUCAUAAGAAUACCCUUUGGUCCUCGCAAUAAAUACCUCCGGAAAGAACUUCUUUGGCCUUAUAUUCAAGAAUUUGUGGAUGGAGCAUUGGCUCACAUUCUCAAUAUGGCAAAAGUAUUGGGUGAACAAGUUGGUGGGGAGCAACCUGUCUGGCCAUAUGUAAUUCAUGGACAUUAUGCUGAUGCUGGAGAUAGUGCAGCUAUUCUUUCAGGUGCUUUAAAUGUACCAAUGGUGCUGACAGGUCAUUCACUUGGAAGAAACAAGCUUGAACAGCUUCUUAAGCAGGGACGCCAAUCAAAAGAGGAUAUCAAUUCGACAUAUAAAAUGAUGAGGAGGAUUGAGGCAGAAGAACUUUCUCUUGAUGCAGCAGAACUUGUCAUCACUAGUACAAAACAAGAAAUUGAGGAGCAGUGGGGACUCUAUGAUGGAUUUGAUGUCAAGCUUGAGAAAGUAUUGCGAGCUCGUGCUAGGCGUGGUGUCAACUGUCAUGGUCGAUACAUGCCAAGGAUGGCGGUUAUCCCUCCAGGUAUGGACUUUAGCAAUGUUGUGAUCCAAGAAGAUGGCCCUGAAGUUGAAGGAGAGGUUUCUCAGCUUGUUGCUGGGAUUGAAGCAUCUUCACCAAAAGCAAUGCCUUCAAUUUGGUCAGAUGUGAUGCGUUUCUUUAUAAAUCCUCACAAGCCUGUGAUCUUGGCCUUAUCAAGGCCAGAUCCAAAGAAGAACUUAACCACUCUGUUAAAAGCCUUUGGAGAAAGCCGUCCCUUAAGAGAACUUGCUAAUCUUACUCUCAUAAUGGGAAAUAGGGAUGACAUAGAUGAGAUGUCUUCUGGGAAUGCUAGUGUGCUCACAACAGUGUUGAAAUUGAUUGAUAAGUAUGACCUAUAUGGGCAAGUGGCAUACCCUAAACAUCACAAGCAAUCUGAUGUUCCAGAUAUAUACCGAUUUGCUGCAAAAACAAAGGGUGUUUUCAUCAAUCCUGCUUUAGUGGAACCUUUUGGUCUUACAUUAAUUGAGGCAGCAGCACAUGGGCUUCCAAUGGUGGCCACUAAAAAUGGGGGACCGGUGGACAUUCAUCAGGCCCUGAACAAUGGUUUGCUUGUGGACCCUCAUGAUCAGCAAGCAAUUACUGAUGCAUUGAUCAAGUUGUUGUCAGACAAAAACAUGUGGCAUGACUGCAGGAAAAAUGGUUGGAAGAAUAUACACCUUUUCUCAUGGCCGGAACACUGUCGUACCUAUUUGACAAGGGUGGCUGCCUGCAGAAUGAGGCAUCCACAAUGGCAAACUAACACUCCAGGGAAUGAUAUAACUGGUGAAGAGUCUUUCAAUGAUUCACUCAAGGAUGUGCAGGACAUGUCCCUUAGGCUCUCAAUUGAUGCCGACUUAGCAGGAGCAAGCUGUAAUUCUGAUAUGCAAGACCAAGUGAAGCGGCUCCUAAGCCGGAUGAGGAAGCCAGAUUCUGGUGGUGUAAAUGACACUGAUGGUGUGAACAAGUUGCCUGACAGUGUAACUGGGAAAUUUCCUCUGUUGAGGAGACGACGUUGGUUGAUCGUUAUAGCACUAGAUUUCUAUGACAACAAUGGAGCUCCUGAUAAGAAAAUGAUCCAGAUAGUGCAAAGGAUCAUCAAAGCUGUUCAACUAGACCCUCAAAAUGCAAGAGUUUCAGGAUUUGCUUUGUCAACAGCAAUGCCAAUGCUAGAAACAGUAGAGUUCCUCAAAUCAGGCAACAUUCAAGCAAAUGAUUUUGAUGUUUUGAUUUGCAGCAGUGGAAGUGAAGUUUACUAUCCCGGUACUUAUACCGAAGAUGGAAAGCUUUCACCUGAUCUGGAUUAUGCGGCGCAUAUUGACUACCGUUGGGGUUGUGAAGGCCUAAGGAAAACCAUUUGGAAUCUUAUGAAUACUGCUGAAGCUGGAGAAAAUAAAUCUUCCAGCCCCAUUGAAGAAGAUGUUAAAUCUAGCAAUGCUCAUUGUGUCUCGUACAAAAUAAAGGAUCUCAGUAAGGCAAAGAGAGUUGAUGACUUGAGACAGAAGCUUCGGCUGCGAGGUCUACGUUGUCAUCCUAUGUAUUGCAGAGGGUCAUCUAGUAUGCAGGUUAUUCCAUUCCUUGCAUCAAGAGCACAGGCACUCAGGUAUCUCUUUGUCCGGUGGGGACUGAAUGUUGCAAACAUGUAUGUGUUUCUUGGAGAAACUGGGGACACUGAUUAUGAAGAGUUGAUUUCUGGAACUCACAAGACCAUAAUAUUGAAGGGUGUGGUGUCUAAGGGAUCAGAAGAAAUACUUAGAGGUCCAGGAAGCUACCAUAGGGAUGAUGUUGUUCCCAAUGAGAGUCCUCUUGUUGCAUGCAUUAGUGAAACAACUGAGGACAAGAUUGCUAAUACUUUGAAGGAAUUAUCAAAAUCUGGACAAAUGUGAAGUGCUAAAUUACUAGGUGCAACUAUUCUUUCUUUCUUUCUUUCUUUUAAAUAGUAUUAAUCUAUUUACCCUUACAGAAACCAAAUUCAAAAUGGAUGUAAUGGUUUGUGAAGGAUAUAUAGAAUCUGGCAAAAAUUACAUAUGGCUUGUUGUUAUAUACAAGGUGCUUUUUUUAUGUUUUA